AUGUUCGCGUUUCAUUACAUCGAUGAGUAUAAAUGGGAUCAGGUGUUAUUGAAUAAGCUGAUCGAGCGUAUGCUCAGCGAUACAGAUCCGGAGCUGGCAUCUGGAAUGGCGAUGGCGCAGGUGAUGCGAUCCCUUCUCGAUCCGGACAGUAUGAUCUCAGCACCAAAUAGUAAAUGUGAACGGCAUGAAUUUUUGACGUUCUUCUAUCGACGUUCCAUGCAAACGCUAUGCAAACCGAUUAUCGAUAAUACGCUUGGUGGAACACCCAAAAGAGACGACGAAAAGAAAGCAAACCCUUCAGAUGACUAUCAUACGGCCAAUAAGGAAGCGAUGAUCGUUGAUCUAUUGUGCUUCUGUUUCGAGCAUCACGCAAUGCAUAUGCGUAACUAUUGCAUCAAUAACAAACUGCUCAAUAAAAUUGUCGUAUUGCUGCAGAGUAAACAUCAUUUCUUGGCACUUAGUGCGCUACGACUGGUGCGCCGUGUUGUGCAGUUAAAAGAUGAAUUCUAUUUCCGUUAUAUUGUUCGUGACGACGUGAUGGGACCGGUAAUUGAAUGUUUCAGACGGAAUGGGCAUCGAUACAAUCUAAUGAAUUCGGCCAUAAUUGAACUGUUCGAGUUCGUUAGAACGGAGGAAAUAAAGAUGCUGAUAACUUAUGUGGUCGAGAAGUAUGGUGAGCAAUUUGAGGAUGUUUCAUAUGUGAAAACAUUCACAAUGCUUCGUAUCAAAUAUGAUCAGAUCAAGGACCGUGAGAAUGCGAAACUGGGGGAUGAUAGUCCUACGAAGUCGUCGCCACCGCCCGAAUCGCAGACAUCGAAUGCUCAGUGGAAGAAAGAACGGCAAGCGGACGCUGACGAGCAGUGGUUUAAUGACGACGACAGUGAGAAUGUUGCACAAGAUGGCUGGGACGAAACAACGGGCGCAACAAAGGAACCAGUCCGGAAUGGUUCACCAAGAACAGCCAGCAACGGUUCAGCAGAUGGAUCGCCGCUCGAAGAGGAUGAAGCUGAAUCACCAUCUAAUGGCGCUCCGAAGGCGUUCCGUUCAGAGAGCGCUACUUCACCGUCGUCUUCAGCCAAAUCCAGUCCCAACAUAGUUGGUGACGAAGAGUCGUCUUCGUCAUCCGCGUCUUAUUCGGAUGACCAGUCCCCGCCGCCUCACCCUUCAGAGCCAUCAUUUUCUCCCGUUGUUCGUAAAAGUGGUACUGAGCCGAAUUUUCCGAGCGUGAUCAAACGAAAAUUGGUGGAUGAGGACUCAGAGGAGAUAUUCUCGCAAACUUCUAAUCCGUCAAGAAUUCGUGGUACUCCUCGCAUAGUUAUCAAGAUGAACAGUGACAGAGCACGUUCACCUUGUCGCUCUCCCCCUCCUGGUAGUGGCUCGCCUCCCGGUGACCCGGUCGUCUCAUCUACUGAAGUGCUGAUUACUCCGUCAAGUUCGAGUCCUCUUGAGCGGCCAUCGGCUCCACUGCCGACCCCGCCAAUAACCGUCAAAAAGGCAUUGGUUGAUUACGACGAAAGUGAUAGCGACGAAGAGGAUGAAUCUGAAGAGAACAACAGUUUGCCGUCGAGCUCGAGUUCAGCGGGUGCAGGUCGGCAAGUGUCGAAUCUGAGCAGUCAGUCGUCGUCGUCGAGUGGUGAUGACCAUGACGACGUGAGCAGUACGUCUGGUGAUCAUGAACCGUCACCUGGAUGUUUAGUCGAGGAGGGAGACGAUACUGAGAAGGAUGGUGAUAAGAAGGUACGACAGUGCGGAGAUGAGAAGCAAAAUGAGUUGGAUGAAGUUGAAAAGAGAAGCAGUACCGAGUCGUCGUUAGAUGAGAAUAAUUUAUGUCGUAAACGGGCUGCCGAAUGUGAAAUGUUGAUAAAAGAUGAGCCAAAAGCGCUUGAGAGUGGUGCUGAAGGCACUAAAGUUGAACGUCACACUGAUGGCACCAAGCGACUUAGGUUAGAUUCUGGUGAGGAGCACGGUGAAAAAACCGAAAAUUUGGUACCUACGGCGGGUCUUGUUAGCUAA